CCAGUGUUGGCUCAGCUGUAAAGUUUCAGUCAUGGCGGUCACCAAGCAGCUUUGGAUCCGAAUCAUUUACGCGGCCGUGGGCACCUUGUUUGGCCUAUCAGCCUUCCUGGUAUGGAAUGUGGCCUUCGUGCAGCCUUGGACCGCAGCCAUGGGAGGGUUAUCAGGGGUUCUAGCACUUUGGGCGCUCAUCACACACAUCAUGUACGUGCAAGACUUCUGGAGGACGUGGCUAAAAGGACUGCGCUUCUUCCUUUGUAUAGGCGUGCUUUUCUUUGUACUAGCGCUGGUGGCCUUCAUUACAUUCCUUGCAGUAGCCAUAUCUGAAAAGCAAUCCAUAUCCGACCCAAAGAGCUUAUACUUGUCCUGUGUAUGGAGCUUUAUGUCUAUGAAGUGGGCCUUCCUGCUGAGCCUGUACUCAUACCGCUACAGGAAAGAGUUUGCUGAUAUCAGCAUCCUCAGUGACUUCUGACAUAGAGAAUUCCUAAAAAGGGGACUUCAAUCUUGGAGUUUUAUAUGUGUGAUGGAGCACACCCGCUCUUUCUUCUCUCUACUAAUCAUCUGGGUUUGUGCCUGAAGAAGGAAGGAAAGAUGGAAGACCACAAACAUUGCUUUCAUAUUCCUAUUUCUUAACUGCCACGCAUCUGCAUAUCCCAUGACGAUUUUGUAAUUCAAUUGAAUCCUCUUUUUGGGUUAAGAUUUGCAAUUUUUUCUGAAAGCCUGAGAGCAGUGAUUGCUGAACCCCACACAGUUCGUUCUGAUUUAAAAGAAGAAUGGGGGUAGUAAACAUUUUUAACUUCCAUAAGAAAGGGGAUGUUUCAUUUCACAGCUUACCUCAUCGUAUCUACAAAAUACUCAUUUUCCCCCAUUUCCAAUUAUAUAUAUCUUUUUUUAAAACUUCAGUUUUUUUAAAAACUUGUUUGUAUCAGUAUGUGUGUAUUCAUGUCUAUACCUUUUGUGUUUGUUUAGUUAAUAUACAUAAUUAAUAUUCAUAUAUAAAUUGGAUUUAUGUUAUUGAGCUGUAAGCCCAAAGGUAGCAGAACAAGUUCCUCUGUGCUGUGUCUGGGAGAAUUUUAUUGGUCUACUGUGUAGCCCGUUGGGUGACGGGCAGAAAGCCCAGAGAUAUGAUUAUGGCACAUUAGGAAGUGCAGCACUUAAAGGAAGGGAUCCUGCUGUAUCAUGUACAUCCAUAUCAGUAUUUUAUUCAUGUUUAUUCAAAGUAAAUCAAUAUAAAAUAAUCACUUUUUUAAUAUAUGUACAACAA